AUGGCCCCUCCUCAUAACUUUCCCCAACAGCCGGCCGGGUCCUUGAAAAACCAUGCCGAAGGACAAAAGAAGGCUAAUAGCCCCGUAAAGCUUCCUGCUUUCGCAGAUUUGCCGGCAGUUGCCAUUGUAAGUAUGGCAGGAGAGAAGCAAAGAAUUCUCAGACACGUGCCCGAGUUGCUCAAAAGUGGAGAGGAGCAAAGCCGUCGUAUUCCCGAGGUGGAAGAAGCAAAAGCGUCGACGCAAGAUUUAUUCGACAAAGGCAGGGAAGUAUGGCAUAGUUGA